AUGUGCCGCCCAGGUCUGGACACAAAGGACGACCCGUUCGACCCGCAAGCGCGCACACCUCCUCCUCGCCCUCGGCGCCCAACUCUCGAGUUGUCGCCUGACACGCGGCACAUCAUCGAUCGGGCGACCGGCUGGCCGCCGCGCAGCCCGAGCGCCCCGUCUCUCGGUCCCCAUCGCCCGCACCCGGUCGUCAACCAUGCAGCGCUCGCGGCGCUCACUCGCUCGCACGACGAGGUCCGCGGCAACUCGGGCGUUCUCGACCCGGAGGUCGCCCACCUGUUCGGCACCGACGCGUGGCUGCACAUCGGCAACACGGACCGCAACCGGCGGCUCAUGCGCGAGCAGCGCAGGGCUGCAAAGCGAGCGGCACAGGGCCUCACGACGCCCUCGCCCGUGUUCAGCGUGCGAUCGGCAUCUGCGCCUGCGUCGCCUGGCCCUGGCGAGUCGCACGCGCCGAUCCGAUCCUGGUUUUCGGUCGCGUCGUCCUCGUCCGGCGACCACGACGACCACGACGACGAGCCGCCGCUUCCUCGGCCGCUUCCUCGGCCGCGCCCGGGCCUCUCGGUCCAUCGAGGGCGUCAGCCGGGGCUCGUCCUGUCGCGAGUGGACGGCCCGCCCGGCGCCGUGCGCCACCUCGCCCUGCCGGCAAUCGGCUCGCCGUUCAACGUGCGCCUCCCGGCGCUCGCUCGCGGCCGCACGCCGUCGCCCGAGCUGCGUCAGCUUUCGCCGACGCGACCGCGGCGUCAGGGCGUGCAGCUCGGCGACUUCUCGACUUGA